AUGGCGCGCGCGCUCUCUCAGCGGACUGGCUCACAGCCUUUCCCUUUGCAAAGAUGGCGCUCGGAGCUUCCACUACCGGAAGCGCUCUCGAAGGUGACCUAUUCAGUCAGCUGCCUGGCUCGCUUUUGUAACGUUUCGACACGCCAUUGGUUCGGACCCCGGCAGCGGCUGCGAUUGUGUGUCUUCCCACAGCAGUUUCUCUCGAGAUCCGGCGAAUACAGUGACAGAGCAAAGAGCAAGAUGGCGGCGCCGGGGGGAGAGACUCAGGUGAGGAUUUAGACUGGGAGCAUUGGUGGUGAUUGCAGGACCCUCCUGGUCUGAGCACAAUGUGUGUGUGACUGCCAUGGGGGAACCAGGGGGGGAUCAGAGACAGGUCUUUACAUCACUGCCACAAUUAAACUCCUCCAAUGUACAAAUAUUGGGAUAUUGUUAUUUUAUUUAUUUUAUUAUGGUGUCUAUGGGUUGGGUGCAGGGGGUUUUAGGACCUCACUGUCCUCUCCAUUCAGAAUGGUGAUGGUAAUCCAUUUUUCCCCAUUUUCUUCACCCCUCCCCCCACCAUGGUGUGAUGAACUUUAUUCUGCAAUUUAAUGGCUGACUGUUUUAUAAUUUCUUACUUAUUAACUCCUCAAUGCAGUCCCAAUUAUGUUGUAGGUGUGUAAAGUACAGGACAGAACACGUUGCAUGGUUGUUCACUAUAACCAUUUACAUGGUUUUGACUUUAAAAGGGAAUUUAAAUUGAUAGGCCAAAAUAAUAAUGGGGAAAAACAUACAUUUUUACAGUUUGGAUAUUUUGUAUUUUUUUUUUUUCAUUUGUAAUGUCGAUGAAUAAGCAGAGUUGGGUCAUUAGGUGUUAGGAUGCUUAAAUCAUAUACAAGAUGCUAUAGGUUUUGUAAAGUACACUGGCAAAUAUUGGCAGAAUUCUAGCAAUCUCCACCCCCUCCCCCCACCCACCCCCAAACCUCUCUGUGUCACUCAGUGGAUUUGAUCAGGGCACAUAUCCUCUGCUUGAACAAAGGUAAGUAAUUUAAUGUCUUUUUGCUCAAAUAGGGGUAUCUUGAAAUUAAAGGAUUACUGUAGUCACCAUAACAAUUGCAGUGAUGUGUAGUGGUUAUGGUGUUAAUAGUCUCCAGGUGCUGUCCAACCAUUAAUCUGUAAAAAUAUUUAUAAAUGGUUUGACAUUUACCUUGUGUUGUCAGGUGAUCAUUUUCCUUCUAGUCCGUUAUAGUCUGUUAAAGCUGAAGUUUAUACUACCACAUUGUCAUACUAAUUUAUACCUGCUUUAAGCAGUGUUUUUGUUUGAGAGCCAUUGGCAGCGCUUUAAGUCAGUGAAUUCUUUUUAAACCUGGUAUGAUAAUGCUGAAUUACGAAAUUCUGCUUUUUAGUAGUGACUCAUACUGGAUGAACUGUGGGGGACAGACACAACAAGGUGAAUGUCAAACCAUUAGUAAACCGUUUGACAGAUGACCAGCAGACAGGGCCUGAGGACUCUUAGCACCAUAACUACUACAGUGCACUAUUGACACAGUAAGCUCUUUAAUAGUAUCUAAAAUCCAAAGUAGUGCCAGUUUCACAUUAAAAUUACACUUAAAUUCCACAUGGCACUAUUGUGUUAUAUUUAAACCAAUGUUAGUUCAUAGGUGACUGUGAAAAUAAGGCUACCUCCAUUUAUAUAAUUAAUGUUAUCUUUUUAGAAGCUCAUGGGAAAAGUAGGACCAACCUAUGCAAAGCUUUCAUUCAAUAUUUAAUGCCAUCCUCUAGUGUUGUAGGGACACUCUAAGCACCAUCACAACUUUGCAUAAUAACAAAGCUGAUGGUGCAUCGAGCACCCUGAACUUACUCUCCGCUCUAACAGGUUAGACUGUAACAAUUUGUCAGUUUAUAAAAAGCUCUGUGACUCAGGCAACCAGAAUGCUCCUUUCAGUAGUUAUGUCUGUUUGAUAGUAGUUACUCCAGCAUCACGUCUUGGGUUGAGCUCUCGUUCUAGCAGUGCACUAAGCAAUUAUAAUAGCUUAUAUAGCGCCAACAUAUUCAGCAGCGCUGUACAAUGAUAAACCAAAUCAAAAGUUGGUGAAGAUGAAAACUGGUAGCAGUCUUGAUAUUGCGGCUGUACGUUUUACGUUUUGUGAUGGAUUGAACUGCUCUUGAAUGAUAGGGAAUUAUGGGAUAAGAUGAGACCCUUCCUGAUAGGAUGUCUCUUUCUAGUGAAGGAUUGGUCUGCAUGUAGCUACAGUACAUCUGAAGGAUACUUUGAAGGUAUGUAUCCGUUUUAUUUUUUUAAAUUUAGUUUUUUACACAUUUAUAAUUCAUUAUCUGUAUAAUGCUUUAUAAAUAGGCUGUCAUAAGCUAUAGAUUCCCUUACCAUUUUUAUUAUCCAUUAAUUAGCUCCACAGUCAAGAUCCUUCUUUCCUCCUCCGUUUUUGUGGCUAUAGAGGUCGCCCACACCUGAGAGGCACAGCAAUGCUUUUCUUCCUUCUAAAUGGACACUUCAAGCACCAUAAUCACUACUGGCCCUGUCCUGGUUAUGUUGCCUGCAGUACCCUUGCUUCAUCCCAUGGUGAGAUGUGAAACGGUCUUGGUACUGUUUGACUUACCUGGGUCCUGCCAAGAGCUCUCAGCCACAUCCACUGAAUGAGGUUUUCUUCAAUGUGGGUCCUUGCUCGUUGUCUGAAAACACUCAGAGGACACCCAGCCAAUGAGUACACUCCUGCAAUGUUCUAUAGAGCAUUGCGAUUCUCUUGCCGGAGAAGACUCAAUGUAGUGCAUGCAGUCUAGAUCUCCCAGCUGGUUUUAGGUUAAGUUGUUGGACCGUGCUAAAACGGUUUGACAUGUUACAGUGGGUUGUAGUGGAUAUGGUGCUGAUGGUCUUUUAAAUUGGGGGAAGUGAGCUUUCACCUGAUAUUUGUACAUAUAUGUACAUUAAAAGGAUGACAUUAUUACAGCGCUAAAAUAGUCUGCUGUUUUGCAACUAGAUGGAACUUAUGUGGUCUUUUCUCUGUCCUUCAAUCUGGUCAGAAAUAACCAAAUUAGAACCACUCUCCAUCUCAGCUUUUGGUCGUAAUUUUGCCAUUUCCUGGUGAAUUCUAGACAAUUCUUAUUUUUGUUAAUAACCCAGACAGGAGACUUUCACACUGAAAACUUUAACAGAAAAAAACCCCUCUAAUAAGCGGUAAUUGAUCGCAUGUACAGCUUUCCUCUCCGUAGACAUCAGAACAGUUGCAGACUUUAUUAGAACCUACAAUAAACAAAAGACAAGGCUACCCAAUCUAUACUAAUAGAUUCCUUCUUUUUUUACCACUUUUUAUUUAUUUUUUCCCCCUUCUGUCCCUGGAUGCACAGAAGCAUGUUUAUGUAAAUGAAUUCGUGGAUGGCUACAGCUAUUAUCUGUACUUUCAUCUACUUUCUGGUCCAGCUCUUUGUGCAGAGUGAAGCAGAGCAUGCUGGGAUAUGACUAGGCCUGCAGUUUUUUGAUUAAUAGAAUAGACUGUAGAUCUGAGAUAAUCAGCUGGGGUGGAAAUACAAUUCUCACAAUGCUCAGCAAAGAUCCAGAAAGAUUAAACGCAUCACAAAAUUGUAGUCAUGCCUCAUUUGGAGAGCUACCUGUUGCCUCACACAGAUUUAUAGAUAAACGGUUUUAUUGUAUUAACCUUAACUUGCGGUAUGUAUGUUAUUGUUUCCUUGCAAACUCGACCUCCCUGAGAUAUUGCACAUAUCAUCAAAUUGCGUUGAGGCACUGACAGACUUCUGCGCCUGGCUACUGCAUUUAUUGACUGAUUCAUACUUGUGAGGAUAUUGCAUAAGGAAGAUAAUUUGCCUUGAGUCCUCUUCUAUCCUAGUGUUUAUAUGUACCAAGUGGAGAAUCCAUUUUUUUCCUAAUUAAGUUUUAUUUAAAAAACAAAAUUAAAGGAUCACUAUGUGUCAGGAAAACAAAGCGGUUUUCCUGACACUAUAGUGCCCUGAGGGUGCCCCCACCCUCAGGGUCCCCCUCCCGUGGCCCUGAAUGGGUUAAAACCCCUUCAGCAGCUUACCUUAUUCCAGCGCCGGGCUCCCUCGGCGCUGGUGACCUCUCCUCCCCUGCUGACGUCAGCUCCCUUUGUCGACGUCAGCGGAGCCGAAUGCGCAUGUGCCACAAGUGCCGCGCACGCAUUCAAGCUGUCAAUAGGAAAGCAUUUCUCAAUGCUUUCCUAUGAACGCUCUGCGUGAUGGAGGCAUAAUAUCCCUCCAGCAUCACAGUUGUGCCUCAAGUGGCUGUCCGGAAGACAGCCACUAGAGGCUGGCUUAACCCUGCAAUGUAAACAUAGCAGUUUCUCUGAAACGAUGUUUGCAUCUGCAGGGUUAAAACCUGAGGAACCUGGCACCCAGACCACUUCAUUGAGCUGAAGUGGUCUGGGUGACUAUAGUGUCCCUUAAAGUAUGAUUUUGAAAAGCAAGAUUAAAUAAAUUGUAUAUUAUAACAAAAAUAUAUUAAAGGAUCACUUCCGUCACCAUAACUACGUAGUCUGUAUGAAGUUGUUAUUGUGCUAGGAGGUCACUGGUCGCUCCCUUAGCUUAACCGGUUAAGGACGGAGGUAUUUGUCCGCGUUCUGAACCCCCAAUUUUUUUUGAGCUAUAGAUCUGUUCCACCGGGAUUUCAGUGUUUCUUUUCAAGUGCCUCUGUACUUAUGAAUCGUUUGUUAAAGAACAGAAAUGGCUUUAAUUUGAUUUAACAUAUAUGUAUAUAUAACUUCUCAUUUAUAAUACAAAAAUGCAACAAAAACAAAGUUUUUCAACGUUUUGACAAUAAUAAUGUGUUUAAAUAGUGAAGCUUAUGAAAAGUAAUUCAAAAUAAAUAAAUUUUUUUGUCCUGAUUUACAGAGUUCAUAAUAUCUCUAGGAUUUCAGUUUAUUUUUUGUAGUUACAGGUCACAAUUUAGAAGGAGUAAAAUAAAAUUAUAAUAUUGUGCGAAUUUAGAAUUUGGUAUGUUUGUCAUGUAAGAUUAAUAGUGUUCACAGAAUACAGAAUUGCCACAAAAAGUGUAUAUUUAUAUAUCACAGGCUAUUAAAAACACAAUGUCUGGUGGGUACAAGAUACACUUCUACCGAUGGUGGACUGCUAAAUGUGAAAAUUAAAGGGACAAAUACCCCAUGUAUAUGUUGGUAUGUACAGAAUAAUAUAUUUAGGACAUUAAAAAAAACAACCCAGAAAAGAACAGAUUAUAGUGCAGAUGGUAACUAAGUAUAAGCAAUAUCACAUGUAAUGGAGCCUAUAUAUAUUGGCUCCAUAUUUAGGGCUGUUAUGCUCUUAGGGCAGCAUGACACCACUGCUUUAAUUAAGAUGUUCACUUCGGUAGAAAUAAAAGAUAGAAAGACAUCCACUGUGUAUUAUAUCAAUAUAAAACAAAUAAAAGUAUAAAUUGGGUAUUGAGCUCCCCUUUUACAGAGCCUAAACUCCCGGCUAUAAGGUAUAGUGCCACUAUAGAGGGCAUGGUACAACUUUUUAUUUUUCAGUUUUUACAUAAUUAUUUUUUCUGCUUAUUUUGUAAAUCUCCCACUUUAAUAUAAUGAUCUUGGCUAUAGUCCCCAACAUCUUCUAAGUACAAUACCCCAUUUGUAUACCUUUGCAAAGUAACAAUCUAAAAGGAACACCAUAGUGUCAUGAAUACAAACCUAUGGGGCGUGUUCAGCGCCUCCAUGCAAAGUGUAAAGACGCUGAACGACUGAGAUAGGAAGUACCUCUAGUGGCUGUCUAGCUGUAAAAACCUGCCUUUUCUCUGGAAAUUAAACUUUAGCGAUCUGGCAAGGGGGAUGGGUGCCAUGGGGACCCCAAAUUCUGGUUAUAUAGUUUGAGAACUGACCCAGAAUUAGGGGAUGGUGCCCACGGUCUACUAGUACCAUAACUAAUACAGGGGCAUGUGGGGUUAUGGUACUUAUAUUCACUCUUUUACAAAAUAAUAUGCAGUGCUCAUUCAUGUAUACCUAACAAAUUGCUAGCUUUGAAGGAAAUGUAGGUCAGAGGGGUUACUCCAACAACUAUGACCACUUCAGUAUUUAGUCAUAGUAUAUAGAGAUUUUAAAUUGCUGUAGAAGGUGUAAAACCACCACCAGCAGCGUCUUUAGUACGUCAUAAGUGAUCCUGGAAUGAGUUGGGGAUGGGCUCAUAUCAAUUUUGUGUAUAUUCUUUGCACAGAUGCUCAUUCUGUGGCUGAGAGUAAUCUACUAAGGCAGCACGAGCAGAUUGUUGUUAAACCUGCUGCAGAGGAGAACUAGUGUCCAGGCGUUUACAAACCGUUGGGACAAACAGCACUAUUACCGGAUAACAGUGCUAGGGUACUCCUGACAUCCUAACCACUGGAGCUGUUUGCAGUGGUUAUGGUACUUUGGGGCAUUUAAUCCUGGAGGAAGCCAAUUCCUUGGUACUUGAUGCAAUCGUUGCUUAGUUUGAGCUGGCUUGUAAAGCACACGGGCCAAAGAAAAUUGCUCCCACCAGAUGAUUAGAUCAGCAGAGCAGUUUUCACAGUAUGAAACCAAGGGGGCUGCACUCACCUGGACAUGCUUACCUUUUAUGGGUAUGGAGCCAAUUCACUAAACAGCAGCUUCAAAGAUCACAGAUUUUAACUCUUGUAUAAUUAAACUUGGAAAUGCUGGAAAAAAGGAACAACUAACAAAAAUUGUAUCUUUAUCUUGUACUCGAUCUCUCGUUUGCAGAAUUUUCUAGUUGCGGAAGAAAGGCUUUAUCCGUGAUACUUAUUCCAUCUGAGCGGCUUUCUGUAUUAAUCCUGCAAUUGUUACAUGAUCAGUGUUCAGUAUCAGGCAGCUGCUUUCCUAUUUGCCAGCAGCAGAUUUAAGGCAUUCACAUUCCUUAUAAAGGGUUACUCCAACAGAAAAACAGUGUUCUAAGAAAAAGCUGUUUUUCGUCAGAGCAGCACCUUCCUUUCCAGUGCCAAGGCCAAGUUCUCCCUCAGCCUGAUCCUCCACUACUGACAUCGCUCCUGUUAGGGGGGACGGUUUGAGGGUAGGACAUAGCCAAAAUGGAGAGGGACAUGAUGUCAAGCUGACACUAGCCAGACUGGAACGUUCUGGCUGGUUAAUUACACCCCAAUGAUGUUGCCUUAGGUGGAGUUAUACUUCAUAGCAGAACGCUGCGCACACAGACUGCAGGCACCAUGACCACUGCAAAUCAGUGAAGUAGUUAUAGUGCUUAAAGGAACCCUUUAAGUGAAGCUGUGGACUCCUUAAGCUGAUUCUUUCCAGGUUUUUAACAUAUUUUGAGAGUCGGUGUUUGACACAGAAUAACUUUGUAGGAAAUCACUAAACCGUUUGGUGUGGAGAUAAAAACAUAAUUGCAGAAUGAAACUCAAAUAGACAAAAUAAUUUUCCUAUUCUGUCUGUAUCAUUGCAAGGUUAUUGUUAACUCUCCAUGAAUACCAUGCUUUAACGAUGUUACCACAGUAAUGAUUUUUAACAAAAUUCAAUCUAAUGGUAGCUCCAUUGAAAGCAGAACAAUUAAUGCAUAUUUAAUGUAUUGUGUUUAAAAGCUUUCAAUUAGUUCAAUGGAGACGGCGUGCUCUGUAUGUGUAUUGAUGCUGUGUUUACAAGUGUGGUCUUAGUUACAAUGUAUCCUCUACGGAUCUGGCUAUUUAUAUACAUCUAUGCUUUAAAGGAACACCAUAGCUUUAGGAAUACAAACUUAUAUUCCUACUGCUCUGGUUUUUAACUGCAUAUUUUUAUUUCCUUCCAGUCGGGAGAGGGUUUAACAUGAGAUUUACCUACUUUUCAGCAAUCACUAUUACAGUCUUCAUCCUGCAGCUCUGCCUCUUUGGCUUAAGUCAUCAAUGUUGAUUAUCUCAGCCAGUCCAAUGUUUCCCCAUAAGAAACCAUUGGGAGGCUAUUUUGCAUGCGUGGCAAAUCUACAACAUCUGAUUUGAGUUGCUCAGUUUAGCUUAACUAUUGGAGUGGGGAGUGCCUUUAGUGUUUAGGGUUAAAACCAUAGGGGCAUAGCACUAGACCACUUCAUUGAGAUGAACGGGUCUAGGUGUCGAUAGAGACAGUUUAAUGGGACACUAUAGCAUAGGAAUACAAACCUGUUUCCUAACGCUAAUUUGCCUUAGUCCCUAUUUAGACUAGAGGGCCCACCCCCAGCUGCAUUAAAAAAAAAAAGUUGUUUUUUAUCAACUUUUUUCCCAGCUUUGAGGCACCCUCAGUGGUGCUGCCACUCUGCCUCCUGCAAUUUUAUCCAUGAUGCACGUGUGCGGUAAGUGACGUCCAAUGCACAGCAAUCACAUCCUGAACUGAAACUGCCACGCACAGUCAACCCAUAAUUCUUACCACGCAAGGUGAUCUCCUAAAUAACCACCCAUGGUUCCCUAAAAUUCUUUCUCUUCAUUGCUAGCAAUUUGGCUCUCAAAGUGGCACUAAGUUAUUUCACGCAUGACUUAAACUCUUAGUAAGAAAAUAAAGGAAAGUGAAGUGUCGACACUGUUGCUGUAUAGAUGAUGGUUUGACUAACCCCCUAAACAUGUAGGGUUUAAUUUGUGGCUUUGUUUAGUUGGUAAAUUGUGUCAUUGAGGGGAAAUUGUCAGGUAGUUUUGGGUUUUGUGACGUUCUAUAUAAUAAAUGUAAAGGAAGUUAAUUUUAGGAAGUUAUAUUUUUGUAUUUAAUAUGAAGAUAUCAUUUUUUUUACUUUUUUUUUUUAACUUUUUUUUUUCUUGAGUCAUAUGCGACUACAUGAGAAGUUUGAUGCAGGUCAAUAGAGUGACGCAGUUAGUGUCACUAGAACAUGUGCCAAAAGUCGUGUCGGAAUUAUGAUGUAUUUAAAUUGACCUUGUGACUUUUUGCUUUCUCUAUAUUAGGGGAUUAUUGGUGCAUUAACAGUACUAGGACACAUCAGAUCUGUAAUGCUUCACAAUAAAAUUGCACAAUUUAUUUUUUUUUCUUCUCAUUAAAAAUAAAUAAAUGAAACGCACCAAAUACUCACUGAAAUAUACUGGAGAUCCUCUUUGGACAUCCAUAACAGGAUGAUUUAAAUGUGCGUGAGGCUUACUGUUUCUUUGCAAUGAAGGCACAGGAUGACCAGCCUGUCUGAAUUGGCAGUAUGCCAGCUGAAAUGAGCAGUGGCCAUGUCACAUCCCAAAUCAGUUGUAAAUUAGGGAGAUCUAGAUUGUAAACUUGUUUGAGCAGUGUCCUCAUUAACUUAUUGUUCCUGUAACAUUUUUGUAUUAGUCUCAUUUAUUGUUAAAUUUUCCACUUUAUAAUAUUGUAAAGCUCUGCGGAAUAAGUUGGUGCCAUAAUUUUUUUUUUAUUUAAUUUUUUUUGGACAUUCUUUAUUUUUAUUUUUUAAAAUUCUUUUUCAUUCGAUAAGUACAGCAAGUACAGUUCAACUUUUGGGCUUGCGCAGAAGUCAAUAUUUGAGAAAACAUUCUUGGAAAUACAAUAUGUAAUAUGAGCUUACAAUACAAGGCUCUUUUUAAUCCCAUUGUGCCUUGCCUCCUACCGAGGAUUUUAUUUUUAAUCCAGGCAAUUGGCAAUUUAGUUAAAGAAGGAGCCCUAGCUUUUCACAGGCCAGGUUUGUCUUUAGGCAUCCUCGUUUCUCCGACUGUGUAAUCAUGCCUGGGUGAGAAAAACGGAAAAAGAAAAAACACAACCCCUGUAAACCAAGGGGGAAAAAAAAAAAAAAAGGGGGUACGAGGAUAUAUGAGAAGAGAAAAGGAGAAAUGGCAAAGAAAUAGAGAAGAAAGAGAGGGGAAGUGAGAUAAAAGAUGAGGGGGGCAGGGAAGGAAUGGGGCCUUCAGAAUCUAGUUCGCCAUGAAGGUUCUUUGUUGCUAGUCUCCAACUUUAUCACUUUCCGAUCCCUGUUAGUCUCAACUUGAGCCCACUAUACUAUUGUCCCAAAUUUUCUGGAAAGUUACUGUCGUCCCCUUUAUCCUUGCCGUCAGGUCGUCCAUGUUUCUGCAUUCUCUUAUCCUGGAUAUCAUGCCUCGAAAUUCCGGACCCCCAAUUGAAAGCCAUGCCGUUGCUAUUGCUCUGCGGACAUUCUUUAUUUUUAACGUGCGUGGUAAAACUGACAAAUAUGCUCAGACAUUUUAGCAAGAGAAUUGCAUCAAUAAACAGGUUACGAAUACAUUUAAAAAUGUCGAUGAGACUGCACUUUUUAUAGUAUAGGGUGCAUGAGGUACGUAGCUAGAUAUGCAGAAGUAUAGAGAAUAAAACUGACAGUCAAUCAUACAAGAGUAGAUCUCACUGGCAAUAGAGGUCAUCAAUGGCCUGUUAACAGCACUAAUUAAAUAACAAAUGUCAAAAAGAGAAAGCUUAAUCACCAAAAAUAAACUUUAUGCAGAGUCUCUAAAGCCUAUCCAAUUCCCCUUAGGGCAACACUCGAGAACCCCAGUGGUCACUCGCUGGAUGGAGUCUGCCGCCUCGCUCUCACAAUGUCCGUCUCCUGCAAAUUCAGGCAAGUGCCAACCUGCCUCCAGGCCCUACUACAGGCAAUGGCACUCUGUUCUCCCGUCCCAGCGCACCAGGCGUUCCAAAUCUCCUCAGGUAGUGUGGUAUGUCGAUCGGUUCGGCCUUUGAGCUGCUGCUUCAAGGUCUUCCAAGUGUGGGACUGUGCAGGAGUCUAGAGACCCGACGUGCCUGCAACCUGAAGAAAGUCUCCCUCACCCAUCCAGCGCCAUCGUGUGGGCAGGUUGCUGUUAAUGGAGGCCUCAGGACUCUCCGGGCACUUGGGAGUUGGGCCGCCAAGGGGUAAGGUCGAGACACAUUAGAUGCGGAGUGGGUAGAACGUCUUAGCCAAAAGGAUCUGCGCCAACGGUCAAAUGUCUGUAAGAUGUCCUAAUUGGCAACCUUAGUGUAGCGUUCGGGUAAGUGCUGUCAUUUUUUAUAGUUAUAACUUCAGGAGUCAGCUAUGUGAGAAGAUGGAUUGGUCAGUGUAAGCCGGGAUAACCCCCCACUGGCCCAAAGGGGGAGCCCAGACGAUAGUGGGACACCUCCGAACAAGGGACCAGCCGCUUCCCCUGUCCUGAGCCGCCCAGCAGGCCGCAGAUGAAUCUGCCGCUGGGAUAUCUGGAAAAUCUAUCUCAAAUUCAACCCUGAGUGUGGCAGAAUGAUCCUCAGUCGAGUCAGUGUUAGCAUUGUUGAAGAAAAAUCAACCAAAAGGUGACUUUUAUGAAGUAUAUUGUGAGGAGCACUGCCACCAUGCAACUUUCUCUCUUGGCAGUCAGGCCCCCCGGCACUAUUAUUGGCAUUUAUACAGAGCUAACUUAUUCCAUAGGGCUUGACUAUAUUAUAAUGUUAUAUAUUGCUGAGCAUAAACUGUUUUCUUCAGUAAGCCAUUAAUUUUUUUGCUAUUGUCCAGGAAAUUUGAAAUUCUAGGCCAAAUAGGGGGAUAUAAAAUCUCAAAAUUAGAGCAUUUUCUAACUAUGCUAACCUUAUUGACGUAAAUUUUUAUAUUCACUGGACUGUUCCAGACAAUUCAGUUUAGCGCAAAGUCCUUAAAUGGUCUAUGGUAUGUGCUUAUAUCACAGAAUAGAUUGCCAGUUUUGGCUGACAUUGGUGAUUAGUGUAAGAGUACCGUCUACUUUCUGCAAAUGUAUACUUUUUUGUUUGUUUUUGGUGACCACAAUUAGACAAUCUGAAAAUACCAAUUUUUACAAAUGUUGUUCCUUUUAUGUGUCCAGUGAUCUUUUUUUAUUAAAUCAUGACAUAUGUGCCAUGCAACUUCCAGAAGUUUAUUCACAUUCUAUGUGUUGUAUUAUUAAAAGAAAAAUAUAAACUGAAGAGUAUUUAUUAUAUUGUAGGAUUUGGCUGUUCUGGCCCAGGCAGAGCCCACCAUGCAUUUGAUUUUGACCCCCUAUUAGCCUUGUGGAAAUAUAUAGAAUAUUACAUGUGCUUUUUGCCAUUUCUCAAAUGCCCGCGCAUGCAAGCGAGCACUUGAAGCAUCACGGGGGGAGAUGACCUUGCCCUGGGCACAUGUUCUGAGGCAGAAAGUGUUUUAUAUACCCAGUUAACAUAACACUGUGAAAUACUUCCGCUUUCUGAAGUGCACUAAGGGUUAUUCUCAGUGUGUCCACUUUGCACACUUAAUAAAAGUGCUGAUUUUAAGAGAAAUCACCACAUUUAUAAAUGACCUAGGUGACAUGGCAGAGUGUAUUUCUUUACUCAAUUUUGUGCACUGGCUUGAACAGAACUACAACGAAGCAUUCUAUAAUUGCAGUGAGAUGAUUGCUGUGGGGUCUUAGGACCCCAGAGGUUCUCUGUGAGAAACAUUGGAUUGGUCCGAGUUGCACACCAGUGGGGUUCUCCUGGGUGCAGAAUUGAGCUGAAGCCAGGAGAUCAUCUCACCGCUAGAUUAGAUGUAACCACAUUAUUUAAAGGGAAGAGGGAGGCCCCGGUAUCUAACUGUUAAAACUGGUAGUUCCACUUUAAUUCCCUCACUAACCUACUUGGAGAGUGGAAGUUUAUUUAGCGUGUAACUAUUACAUAUACCAUUUAAAUGCUAUUAACGUCAAGCAACAGAGAAUGCAUUGUUGUUUUAUUUGUAUUGGCAACCGCCAAUAGUAUAUUUUAUUUUUUUCUUUCUUUGUAGUAUAGUAACCUCUGACUUUGAUAAUGACAUGUUCUGUAAUAUUUAAAAGGUCACUUAUUGGGAAUUUGAGAAUAUUCCCCCAGGAAGAGACUUGGCAUGUUGAACUUCCCUAAACUGCUACAAAACAUAUAUUUCUUGUGAAGAGGAGAGUUCAAUGAGGCAGAAUUAAAGAGGUAGUCUAAGCACUCUGCCACGCACUUUUAGUGGUUAUGGUGCUAGUUGUCUGUUGUACCACAAAUGGGAGUCUCUAGCACUCUAUUACUAAUGCAGAAGUACUCAUUGUUUGUUUUUCAGAUAUACCUGAGCAUUACCAGGGUACUUGGAACAUAUAUUUUCCUUCUGGGCAAUGCUAUACUUUAUUUUCUUCAUACAACCAAGUAACUCUUCUCGCUCUUUCACUGACUUGUGACCUGAUUUCCAUCCGUUAAUUAAUUAUACAUUGUUUAACCUGUUUUCAGAGGCGUCGAUUAGAUUUCAGUUGGUUUGAUACUUGAGGAGUGGAGAACCUAGGUUAGGGGGUGGCUUUUAAUCUAAAGUACACAUGUUUUAAAGAGAAACUCAUGCCUGGUUCAAACUUUUUUUAAAUUUUUUUUAUGUUUUGACUUCUACAGUUUUGUCAUAUCACCUAAAAUUAUAUUCAUCAGCUCGUAUCUUAAAUAAGGGAGUGCUUUGCCUUGUGUAUAGCUAUUGAGAAGGCAAAACCAACACAAUUUCAUUUUCAGUGCCAUUCAUAAAAUCAACUGAAAUAUUAGUUGGUAGACAUAGUGGUAAGGUGGCUAGAUCCUGUGUUUUCUUGCACUUAUUGAUAGAAGGCACAUGAAAAGUGCUGUCCUGCUAUUUGAAGAAUUUGUAUGCCGGGAGAAUUCUCCCUGAUAAUUGACUUGAUUUCCUUCUUGCGGCAUAUCAUUUCUACAUGCAAAGUGUAGAACUUUCCAUGUGCUCCGCAUCAGUAUGUAAAAGUGAUAUGUGUUCAGGAAACCAUGGUAAUACUGAAAGUUCUCCAAACUAGCUGUGCUUUGACUGUUGGGUUACUAUUUGUUUCAUAUUCUGCUGGUCACAAUUCUGCUCUUUAAACUUUGAUUUUGGAGCCAUCAACAUGAGUAACAUUUUAUUUUUCCUUACAGACCAGCCUCAAUGGUUCAGUCGGAACCGAAGCUGCCGUAGCGCCCGAUCAGCAGAACCAACAGCAGCCACAGCAACCCCCUCCCCCUAACGCGUGGCAGGUGAUUAAAGGGGUGGCAUUCAGGUGAGUAAGAGAGAUUUAAUUCUACACUUUUUGUUAGGAUGGUGUCUUUCCAUAAGCCAGUUCAAAACAAUAUUGCAAGCAGAGUAACAGUCUUUCCAACUUCGUGAGCUAUAUUGUAGAUUUAGCUGCAAUUAACACUAGAGGAUCUGUGACUAGAUCACAAUAUUUAGGUAAUUACCUGCUGGUUUGUAACACCUUCUUACAAUUCUAAAGCUCUGUGGAAUGUGUUACCUAUUAACGAUAAUAUUCAUGUCAUCGUGGGACCACUCCAGCUACAAGGAUCUUAACCUCUGGUUCAUUGCAUUUACUGCACCUGUGCCUGUGGCUGCCCAAAAAAAAAGACACGAGGUCUGACAAAUUCCUAACGGAUGGAAUUGGAAAAGGUGAACACGCCAUGUGGAUGGGGUCCUUUUCCAAAUGACUGUAGUAAUAAAAAAUAAAAAUAUUAUUUUGAUGAAAACAUGCUAUAUCCAAUCACCAAGCAUCCAACCCUAUCCAGCAGAGUAAUUUAUUCAUGGGUAACUUGUCAUGUCAAGAUCUUUGUUAAAGGUUUGUGUUUAUUGACUUUCAAGUGGGUUAUAAAUGUGUUUAUAAAUAUAUGUAAUGUGUAAUUACGGAGAGAAAAGAUAGAAAUGUAAAAAAGUAGGUUGUUUAGGAAAAAUGUAUUUAAAAAACGUAUAUGUGUGUAAGGACAGGAUUAUCCUGAAUUAGCAGUUUUUUAGGGAGCAUUAUCAUAGUUGGAUGUUAAAUGAGGUAAACCUCUGCCCCAACAAAUUUGGGCUAACUUGGUUUGCCUCUUUAAAUAAAAUGUUUUAAUGACAUUAUUCUUUUUCAUUAUCUUUGCAUGGGAUUUUCCCCACAGAAUCCCAUGUUAAAGUGUCUUCAUUCUUUAUGGAGGCCUCUGUAAUACUUUGUACUAAUCGGUCUGUUGUUUUUAAGAGAGUUUGCAUUUGCAUCUCUGUGGCGGCCCGUGAUUUGAAAUACUGGAUCCUCUUAGGAUGUGUUGGUUUGGUGUUUUGUGCUUUAUUUUAUUUAUUUUCUUCAUGUGUGUGAAAUUUGCAGGUAGCAAUUACAGAGUGGAGAGACUGUGCAUAAUUAGUGUAGGAAAAUAGCAGUGGUGCACUGUAUUAAUUAGGAUGCCAGAUACAAACAAAAAGAUCGAGUUCAAAACAAGAGUAAAAAUGAAAUAAACCAUAGCUUGUAGUUUGUACUUUAAAUUUUUUUUAUUUUUUUUUAAAUUGUAGUAUGGUUUACCACCGCAAUGUAGUAUUUAGAGGGCAGAAUAGAGAAAGGGGAAAUAAUAUACUAAUCAUGAUUUAUUAUAUUUUUAUUUUAUUUGUUUUACUCCAAUUUGGCUGCUUCUUGUCACAUAUUAGCGGUUUGUUUCUAAAAUGUGUCUGAUUUACCCAUCCUGCAGUUACUUUUACUUCAGUUUUGCUUACUAUGCUAGUUUCUCUCCCCUUUGUAGAAUUUUCAUAAUAUGGGCCAUCAGCAGCUGGUUUCGAAGAGGAUCUGUUUCACAAGACCAAACUCCUGGAACAACUGGAACACCACGACCUCCAAGUCGCAACCUUUUCCCCCGGGAUACUCUCAUGGUAUGUCUGUAUUGGUCAUAGUUAUGGGGUGGGCAGAAGGGCAUGCCGUUUACUAGGAUUGGGGACAUUGCUGUAGUGUCACUACAAUGAACCACCCUCUUUAACUUUCAGGACCUUCAUGUGUUCCUCUCGGAGAGUGAGGUCUUCACAGAAUUUAACUCCACGACGGCUCUUAUUUGGGAGCAGAGGGAUUUGGUGUAUGGAGACUGGAGCAGCGGGGAGAAUGGAGAUGGCUGUUACGAGCAAAACUCUGAGGUUGUCAUUCCAGAGGUAAAUCCUUUCCCACCAGAGGGGUUUCUAAUCUACAGAUAAUGACAUACCUGCCAUUAUCCAACCACAUCAUUUUAUUUCUUUUUAUAUUCUCAUUAGUUUAUGUUGGUUCUUUAUUUACCUUCCUUAUUUAGCUGUAUCAAAUUCUUACUUGUAAACCAAUCUUGUGGUCACGAGUUUAGAAAUCCUAAAGCAUGUUCUUUAUUAGAAGGUUGGCAAAGUCCUUGUAUAGUGAAUUUUAACCCAUUGCAGCAGUGGGGACAGUAGUGGUGUAUUUAGGAUUUUUGGGCGCACCCCCCCACCCCACCCCACCCUUUAAUUUAAGUUUUCCCCACCCCUUCCAGUAGUGGCCACACUUUGUAUGCAUCUAUCAGUGAGUGUGUGAUGCGUACUCACUGGCAGGCGCGCGCGCUCUCUCACUGGCAGGCGCGCGCGCUCUCUCACUGGCAGGCGCGCGCGCUCUCUCACUGGCAGGCGCGCGCGCUCUCUCACUGGCAGGCGCGCGCGCUCUCUCACUGGCAGGCGCGCGCUCUCUCUCACUGGCAGGCGCGCGCGCUCUCUCACUGGCAGGCGCGCGCGCUCUCUCACUGGCAGGCGCACGCACUGACUGACGCGCGCUCACUUUCAUUCGUUCAAGCGCGCUCGCUCUCAUUCGCGCGCUCUCAUUCAUUCACGCACUCGCACACUGCUCUCAUUCACUCACUCACGCACGCACGCACACUGCUCUCAUUCACUCACGCACGCACGCACACGCUCUCAUUCACGCACACACGCUCAUUCACACACGCACGCACACGCUCUCAUUCACUCACCGCACGCACACGCUCUCAUUCACUCACCGACACACGCACACGCUCUCAUUCACUCACCGACACACGCACACGCUCUCAUUCACUCACCGACACACGCACACGCUCUCAUUCACUCACCGACACACAAAUGUAAAAAAAAAAAAAAAUUUUUUUUUUGGUUAAAUCCACCCAGGGAGAGCUGGAGUGAAUAACUUACCUGUCCAUUAGGGCUGCUGGGUGGGCAGGCAGAGUAGGCGGCGAGGGAGCUCUGAUUUUCCUGCUCAGUUCGCACGCCGCUUAGUGAUGCCGGGAGCCGGUUUACAUCCUAUUCCGGCUCCAGGCUUCAUUAAUCGGUGCAGAGGGAGCUGAGCAGGAAGAGCUCAGGUGAGUAUGCCCCCUCGCUGCCCACUGCCAGCCUCGGGGGGGAGGGGGGAAACAAGGAAAGCAAGGGAUCUGCCUGGGCGUUUUGCUGCCCCCUGCAAAGACUCCUUGUUUGCCUUGUGUAAGAUACGUCCCUGGGGGACAGUUCACUCCCAUAGAGCCUUUCCCAAAUAUGGUCUUUAGUUUCCAUGUCCACAUUGUCUUCUUGGGAUAGUUUUGUUUUUCAGAGAUUCUCCUCAUCUUUGCUUCUCCAAUGCAGAAAAUCACCCUGGUGUUAAAAAAAAAAACAAAACAAAAAAAGUCCCUACCAGUACUCAUGAAAAUUAAAGCGGCACUGUCAUGCCGAACUUACCUUUCAUUAAUCGCUUUCUCUUCCUCUCUCAGGAUCUGUUCUUUAUAAAAAAAAAAUGUUUAUCUGCUCUAGUUUUACAUAGUGUCCCGCCCCCACCCAUGCUCAGCAAGUGGGGGCUAUUCAACUAAACAGGGGACAUCACCUUUUUUGCGUGCGCUGAUUGGUUGGUUAGUUUAAGUCAACUAAUAAUAGUGCUCUGAUAGGUAAAUAGUGAGCCUAUCAGAGCAUUUGGGGGGGGGAGGGGAGGGGUGGAUUUACAUUUAGCCCUCACCCGUUGCGAGUAGGGGCGUUUGGGAGAUUACCUUUAUGCUAAUAUGGGGGUCAUAUUGAGGGUAACGCUAUGUCCAAAACCGGUAUAAGUGUGUGCCUGGCCUAAUAAUGUCUUUACAGUGUGCACAGCUUAAUGAAUAGUGAGUUGUUUUAUCCCUAAUGCAUAAUCCACUCCUAAGUGCACACUAUGCAAUGUCUGUGGCACAAUCUUCAGCUUCUGUAUAGGACUGCCAGUGAAAGGAAGUAUUGGGGAGAGAAAAUUCAGUAUCAGAUUUGAAUUGAUUUACUGGAUGUUUUCAUUUUUAAUGUUUAAAUUUAUAAGCCAGUUAUCUUCUUAGAAACCAUGUAUCUAGACUUAGAAGAUUAUAGCCAGCGGAUCAUAGUGAAAUUGGAAACAGGGGUGUUGGUUUGAAUGUGUUGUUUUAUCUGAUGCAGGGCGUCCAGAAUAAUGGUUCCUUCUACAUCCAUGUGUAUUUAACGAAGAGUGGCUUUCACCCAGACCCAAGUCAGAAGGCUCACCACAGGAGACUGGCCACUGUGCAUACGUCUCGCAGUAAGGAUGUUUUACUAUCUUCCCUCCUCCCCCCGCUCUUUAUUUUGCGCAUCCCUGCCAAUCUCCUCUUUCCCAAUUCUUUCAUUUUAUUCUCCUCAGUCAUGUACUUUUUCCUCUUGCAGUGCUAAACAAAUUUAAACGUCGCCGAUUUCUCAAGACCAAAAACCUUCUGACAGGAGAGACUGAGGCCGAUCCAGAAAUGAUUAAGGUGAGAUUUUUGACAUGUUUUCCAUGAACUCAUACUCCUCAUCUUGCUUUGUGUUCUCCUGUAAUAACAAAGUUUAACUUUCCCACUGCUUGUGUGUCUCCUUUCAGAGAGCGGAGGACUACGGUCCUAUCGAGAUCAUCUCACAUUGGCAUCCAAAUUUAACAAUAAACAUAGUUGAUGACCACACUCCGUGGGUCCAGGGCAGUGUACCUCCACCUCUGGACCAAUGUAAGUUUCCAUGUUAUACUUUUCCAAAUCUUUUAUAUCAUCUGAUUUAAUCAUUAUAUUGUUAGUGGAUUCUGUUUGACCAAUCCGGGAGGAAAUUAUCAUAUCAUAGCUGGUAUCAAAACUGGGCAACUUUAAGCCCUUUAAGUAAUAAUCUAAGUGAUUCUUACAGGUAAAAGCUGAGCUUGGUAUCACUCACCUUAUAGUCUUCUAAAUCACCUGAUUUGAUCUUAUCUCAUUCAGGGAACAUUAUCACAACAAUGUAAUGUUGUAUGUUUGGCCUUAACCUGCUUUUGUCUUAUGUCCUCCACAGAUGUGAAAUUUGAUGCGGUUAGUGGUGAUUAUUAUCCGAUAUUGUAUUUUAAUGAUUAUUGGAAUCUACAGAAGGAUUAUAUGCCUGUAAAUUCCAGCGUUACAACUUUGCCCCUGCGGUUAUCAUUCUGUCCACUAUCCUUAUGGCGAUGGCAGCUGUAUGCUGCGCAGAGUUCCCGCAGCCCUUGGAAUUUUCUGGGGGAGGACCUCUAUGAGCAGUCCGAUGAGGAGCAGGACUCCGUAAAGGUGAGAAUAAAUUGCAACGGGUUUGUAAAAUGUGGGAGAAUUUUUUUAAAGACAAUUGAGAGGGUUGAAAUAUUGCCACAUGUCCUCUACCUGUUUGUCUUUUCUGGGUUAAAUGAAAGAGAAAUAUCUUAAAAACAAAAAACUAAUUCUACAGAGUGAGUCAAGUGACCAGCAAGCAGCCACACACAAAAAAAAAACACUUUAAAAAACAGAUAAAGGGAACGUUUUUUUUUUCUUUUUUCAAAGAUAUAUAAAAUGAUACAGGAACGCCUGGGAUGAUCUCUGCAUGGCUUGGGUGAAUUCAAGUGUGAGCCCAAGAUAUAGAUAAAAAUGAUACAUCUUUUCAAGAAGUGUGAAGGGAGGCUCUGUGACUGACAGCCAGGGAGGGCAUGGCUGGGUCUGCAGAAAGUCUUUUAUUUCCUAAAUAACAGAAGAUUGAGUAUUGAGACUGCCGGGGCAUGAUCUAUACACCAAAACCAGUUCAUUAACCUGGAGUGGUUUCAAAGCUUUGGACAACCGUUUUAAGAUUCAUGAUGAUGGCAUAGGGUAAUCUGUGCUCCACAUAAAAUACUGGUAAUGUUGAGAUUAACGUCAGGCUGCUGUAGGUAUCUAAGUGGUUCUUUUGACUAAUUUUGUGUAUAGCAAGGAAGCUGCAGAUAUGGCUGCUACUUUUUUUUUUUUUUUUUCUCUUUCUUUUUUUCUUCCAAUUUUCAAAUAUUUAAGAAAAAUGCUUAGAAAUUUAGAAAGCUGUGUGUUAAGUAAUUCUUUAGGGAAAACUGUAAUCCUAACUCACGCUAUGGGGCAGGCAAUUUAAACUGUGCUCAAAUCCUGGUACAUUCUGCCAAGCGUAACCUGUUGGUUAAAAGCGUUGUAGCUCAAAAACAUCGGAGAGGGCAGGACUUGACAUUCCCGUUAUAGAACUUCAAAUGCCAUGGAAGCACGACUAUAUCACUGAGAAGACACAUUCUAGUCUCUUCUGUUAACAAAUAUAUGCUUGAGAUGCCUGGAAAAAUGAAAGGUAGAAAUGCACAUGUCUAUAUUUAACUCGUUCGUGUUUUACCAUCUUAUCCUAUUUAAAAACACUUAGCAUAGAAAGAGUAGGAGAAACAAAAAAAUGUUUUCUGUUUCUCCUCCUUCAAUGCAAUGUGUUCCCUGGUUGUGUCAGGACUAAACUGGAUUGUCAGGUUAAUCUUUAAUAUUCAUUUCAAAGAAAGAGUAGCACCAAAGAGGUUUAAAAAAAAAAAAAAAAAGUUAAUGGAACACCAUAGGGUUAGGAAAACAAACUUAUAUUCCCUUCCCACUAUAGUGUUCGCCUCACCAUUUAGCUUCUUCCCUCUUUAAAUCUAAUUUUCAAAGAGGGUAUUACUUAACUUUUUUCCAGCAUUAAGAAGAGUUUACUGGAGCUGCCCAAUCAGCCUCCCACAACAUCACGCUGACUCUUCGACUUCUCGUCCAAUUCAGUGCUCCUCGGUGGGGACGAGAAGCGUGUGCACGGCCAUCUUUGUGCUCCUCCAAUAUUCCAAUCACGUGCUCCCUAUGAGAAGCAUUUGAGGAAGUUAAUGUUGGGAGCCAAGUCUGACUCUCAAGAAGAUACCGAUUAGAGGUGUUUUUAGCCCUGCAAUGGAAACCUUGCUGUAUCUUCUAAAUGGCAGUGUUUUACAUUGCAGGACUAAAAUGACAAAGGCACUGCACCCACACCACUUCAUUGGGUGCUUAGAUUAUCCCGUUAAUACAAAUUUAUAGGGAGUUUUCAGUUUUUUAAUCAGUUUACAUGAUGUACUUUUCAGAGAUGUAACUAUUCUCAUGUCAUUUUAUUUUAAGAUGGGUAUAUUCAUAAUUUAGGAUUAAGUUCUCUCCUGUGUAAUUUAGACUAAAAUACAAAAUUACAUCCACUUUGAUCAUCAUGUCCCAUACUGCUCCUUACAACCACAUAACCUUUUAUUUUAUUUUGUUCUUUCUAACAUUUUCAGGUGGCACUUUUGGAGACCAAUCCCUAUCUACUUGCACUGACCAUCACAGUGUCCAUUGUUCACAGCAUUUUUGAGUUCCUUGCCUUCAAGAAUGGUAAGGUAGUGAGGAAUGAAACACACAUUUAGUGAGUGCUGUGUGAUAAUUUAAUUGGAAAAACAUUGAAGGGUCAUGUUAUCAUAUGUAGGAAGACAUGGGUGUGGUUGUGUACAGAUUAUAUUUCUAUCUGAAGAUACAGUCCUUAUAUAACUGCCUUUUCAUUUAUUCGCUGGUUCGAUUUUUGGCUUGCAGACAUCCAGUUUUGGAACAGUCGUCAGUCACUGGAAGGCCUGUCUGUGCGGUCAGUCAUUUUUGGCGUAUUCCAGUCUUUAGUGGUCUUGCUGUACAUAUUGGAUAAUGAGACCAACUUUGUGGUGCAAGUUAGCGUGGGCAUCGGUCUGCUCAUAGACUUCUGGAAGAUAACAAAGGUCAUGGAUGUCAAGGUGAGUUUCAUCCAAUAAAUGUGUCCUUCCCAAACACUCGUUAAAGUGAUGGUAAACUUUGUCUUGUUUUUGUUUUAUUUUUCCAUUUCACUGAAAUUAUUCAUGACGAUGAGUUGUUGAGUGCUGGUUCUCCUUACUUUCUCACAGAUAAGCAAUUGAUGUCCAUAUCUACCAGAGACCUCCAGAAAUAUAAACUAACACUUGUCUAGCAUUCUUAAAAUUACUUCUUACUCUUCCACAGCUGGACAGAGAGAACAAAGUGGCAGGAAUCUUUCCUAGAUUAACGAUGAAGGACAAGUCCACAUAUGUAGCGUCAUCCACGAAGAUCUAUGAUGAUGUAAGUAUUCUCCUCCUUCUAUUCAUUUCAAGCUAGAGCCUUUAGAAAACGAAUACAUACUAUUGUUCAGCUUGGUCUGUAUCUAGGUAGAACAUCUUGAAAGCAAUCAAACUAAAGUUAAUGAAAAUUAGAAACCUGAACAAAAUAUUUUUUUAAAGUCUCCAUUUACAGCUUGUAUUUUACAAAUCCAUGGCUCCUUGUCUCCUGGAAAGAAGUUUAAGUUCCUGCAAUGAGGAAUUCUAAUAAUAAUGAAAAGACCUAUAUUCCCCACUUUAAUUAUCCGAAAGGAUGCAUCUCCACCAUCCAUAACACAUGUUAAUAAGAAACGUAGAUGUUUUGCAUCACAUCUCCUAUGCAUUGAGUUAGAGGUGGUCAGGGUUAUUCUGUAAUGGCUGAAUUGUCUGAAAUUCAGGCCCCAAUGGUCGAACUGGAAAAGUUCAGCUAUUUGGUCCUAAUAUUUGGUAUGCAUCUAAAAUGUAUUUGAUGUGUAACUAAAAAUGAAUCAAUGUUGAUCUUUUUAUAGUUUUUUUUUUUUUUUUUUCAAACUUUAAUGACGAUUUACUUAUGGAAUUGAAGUUGUGGCCUAUAACACACUAAAGAAAUUGCAGCUCCUUAUUUUAAGACUUUUGUUUGUGUCAAUCUACUUUAUAUAACUAAACCCUGUCACAUCUACUCAGAUGGCAUUCCGAUACCUGUCAUGGCUGCUGUAUCCUCUUCUGGGAUGUUAUUCGGUGUACAGCUUGCUGUAUAUGGAGCACAAGGGCUGGUACUCGUUUGUACUGAGCAUGUUGUACGGAUUCCUUCUCACAUUUGGUAAGUUUGAAAAGGUGUGCCGUUUUAUGCCCUUCUCAUUUGUUAUUUUCUGUGAAGUUUAGCAAAGUAAUUCAAACAUUGUCUCUCGUUGCUCAUCUACGUGGAUUGUUUUCCUUAUUUAUUCUUUAGGAUUUAAAUGCUAGAGAAUUAAACCUAGCUGUUAUAAGAAACUGGGAUUAACUCCAUUUACAACCUGAAUGACAUAUUGAGAGCUGGGUUAAAUGGUUCAUUCUAUUUAACUAUAUACACUUGCUGCUGCUCUAAAACUCUCUGUACAUUUAUUGGAAAAAUCGUUUUAAAGGGAUACUCUAAGAGCCAAAACAACUUUAACUUAAUGUAGCAAUGUUGCCGUAUAGAUUAUGUCCCUGCAGAAUUUAUGAUUUAUUCUCUUUUGUUUUAAAUGUUUAAUCACUGUGAUUGCAGCCCUAGCCACACGCCCACUAGCUAUCUCACUAAUGUAUUGGGUUCUCUGACAAAUAUCUCUUGUUUUUUUUUUGUUUUGUUUUUUUCUCUUAAGUUUAUCAUGUGUUCUCCAACUGUUUCACAGAAAUCAUGAUAAACCAAGAUCAAUAUAGCUCUAACUAGCUCAUUUUGAACAUCCCUGUGCUUAUGGAACUCACAACAGAAUGGCUAAAGAUUCUGUUUUGUGCCAAGAAGAAAACUGUUUAGGAGCAUUAUCUAAGAUAAUAUAUCAUUUGUUUGUCCGUUCUUCUGUCUGAUGCACUGUUGACACCAGAUACCGUGGGUUAAGUAAAUGAGCUUAUUAAAAUGUUUGUCUUCUCGCCCAUAGGUUUUAUCACAAUGACUCCACAGCUAUUCAUUAACUACAAGCUGAAGUCAGUCGCCCACCUCCCAUGGAGGAUGUUGACUUACAAAGCACUGAAUACCUUCAUUGAUGAUCUCUUUGCUUUUGUCAUCAAGAUGCCCAUGAUGUAUAGAAUUGGGUGCCUCCGAGAUGGUGAGUCCUUUACGUUUCUUACAGAUAUUGUGCAGAAUUUGUUUUGGAGCUUUUAAUUUGGCUGAGAGUUUGGAACUGAAUUGAUAAACAACUCAGAGCCUUAGAAUAGCAUCCGGUUAUAUUCUUUGUAAAUCAACCGACUUGAUUAUGUAUUGGUAGACUUUGGGAACGUGAGUCUCUGAUCUUCCCAUCCAGGAAUUUCUCAAUUAAACUUGAGGCUUAAUUUAAAAACCGUGAAUUGUGGUUUGCUCUCCAUUAAUAUGCAGGAUUUAAGCAAUGUUUGUGCAAAUGACUCUGUUAUAUGAAAUUUAUUUUAAAAUAUCUUAAAACCUAACUAAAACAGAACAACCCCACCCCCUUUAAAUGAAAAUAUUAAAAUGGAUUCUUCUGUGUUAUGAACGAUAAAGCCCCUUUUGUGGAGAGACAUUUCUCACAGGUGCCACAACUACCUCCUCCUGUUGCCUAAAAUUUUACUGAUGGCACUCUUUUCUGGGUUUACCUUUGUGUUUACAGAUUGAAUAAAAAAAAAAAAAAAUUUUUUUAAAUAUUUUUCUCUUUAUCAGAUGUGGUUUUCUUCAUCUAUCUGUAUCAGCGUUGGAUUUAUAGAGUGGACCCAACAAGAGUAAAUGAAUUUGGGACAAGUGGAGAAACACCCGUUCCCCUGCCUGUCCAGGAAGGACUUGCGUCUCUUCCUCCUGUACCAGAAGACACUUCUCCACCUAAACCAGAUGAAGAUAAAAAGAAGGACUGA